CAUCUAUUCAUUUUGGCUAUAAAUAUGCCAAGAAAAUUGAUGUAUAAUCCACAAGUGAACUCAGUACAAGAGAAAAAAAACUCGAAAAAUAAGAAUAUAGAUAAUAAUGGAGAUGAAAUUCGACAGCUCCAUCGCGGUGAAGUUCUUGCUAUUGCAAUGCCUAUUGGUGUUAUGUGUUGCACAAGAUUUCGAUUUUUUCUAUUUUGUUCAACAGUGGCCAGGAUCAUAUUGUGACACAAAACAAAGCUGUUGCUAUCCCACAACGGGGAAGCCCUCCACAGAUUUUGGAAUCCACGGACUUUGGCCUAAUAACAAUGAUGGUUCAUACCCUUCGGACUGUGAUUCCAGCAAUCGUUACGAUCAAAGAAAGAUCUCGGAUUUGAUUAGUCGAAUGCAACAAAGUUGGCCAACGCUUGCCUGCCCGAGCAACAGUGGUUCAUCAUUUUGGUCACAUGAAUGGGAAAAACACGGCACAUGUUCAGAAUCUGUGCUGGACCAACAUGGCUACUUCAAAACUGCCCUUGACCUCGGAGCUCAAAUAAACCUUCUCCAAAUCCUUCGGAGUUCAGGGAUUAAUCCAGAUGACAGUUUUUACAGCUUGAGCAAACUAAAGAUUUACUUUUCGUAUAGUUGUAGUACAAUGUGA